CCUCGUAAAGAGGCUAGCAAACCAUUUCUAGUCUAGUUUUGUAGCGAACUUGGAAGAAGUGCAUUGUACACGAAGUGUUUUAUACAUUAGUGGUUUUUUAACAAUACACAUGCAUUAAAUAUGUGAUGUAUUUUACGAGAGGGAUAUCAGUGCAAGAGUUUUAUUUAUUUUCUUGUAUAUAUUGAAUGUCUGUGAUCCGGCAUAUAGGGAAUAACACAGAAGUGUUUUCUCUGAUGGCGCUAUGGCUGCUAUAUCGGUACUAGGAAAAUAAUAUAACCGCCUUAACCUCAUUGCACAGUUGUAAACAAUUACAAAUGUUCGAAAUCAAUUCAGGAAACAUACAUGUCGUGCAAAUGUGAAGGUUUACUAGUGUUUCAUUUAUGAUGAAAAUUCGUUAAAGUUGAACGUUUAACUCCCUGAUAUUGGCCAAAACCAGAAAAAUUUUAACAUCGCUACCACCACCGCCAGAAGAACACCGAUUGUGUUAUUUGAAUAUUUAAACAUUUUGGAUGUGUGGUGGAAAGUGCAUGAAAUUUUAACUAUUUCAAGAUAACCUGUAAGUUUCUGAAAAGUGGGAGCUCAAGAAAAAUUAAUCAUCUAACUUUGGAAACACUUAUUCCUGUAAGUAACAUCAAUUAUAAACAACAAGUAGCUUCAAAAGAAAAAGUCAGUAUCUUUCAUGGUUUUAGUUUUUAGGUCAUCAAAGCAUUUCUUGAAACUAAGUGACCACAUAACAUAAAUUUAUUGUGUGGACCGAAAAUUACUAGAAAAGCCUUAUUUUAUUGGUAUGAUAGUAUCUGUCGACCAAAACGUGUAAUAUACCACUAUUAUUUAAACUUCCAAGCUGAAGUUUCAAAAUUUAUUGAAGUAAUCUUUGGAGCUGGUAUUAAUAUAACCUUCAAAAUACCUCGUCAAAGUAGCGCGGUUUUAUUACCGCAACAAACACAGUUUGUCCAAGACAGGGGUAAAGAAUUUCAGCUAAAGAUUCCUACAGUUCUUGUUGAAAAUAUUUCACAUCUUAUACAAAACAAAAUUAAGUGCCCUGUUCAUAGUAGUACUGCAGUUCCAAUAUCUCAACUGAAAGAUUGUCCACAUCCAGUUCCUAGUAGUGAAUGUAGUAAAUGCAUACCAGAAGAAGAGGAGCAGGAUCUAAAUAUUACUCCUGCAACUACAGUUAGAUGUUACGGUGGUCCAAGGAGUAUUAUUCCUAAACCUACAAUUGAGUGCGCUAUGAGUUCUGUAAAACAAGAACGCCAAGAUGAAGCCGAAAUUCAGGAAAUGGCUACCAAACUCAUGGAGGCAAACAGGGCUAAAAUGCAGGCAGCUCUGCGAACUGCUCAGACACCAGUUACUGCCCCUCAAAAUAUGAACAUCCUCAAUUUCUUAACCAGGAAUAACACCAAUAAUAAUAAUAAUAAUGGUAAUAACAAGGCCAAAAAUGAAGUUUCUGUUGUUACUAGUACAGCACCAGAUAGUAUACGAACAAUGGGAGAUGAAGAGUCUGCCAGGGGAAGAUUUGGAUGGACUACCCUUGGAAAAGUACAUAUUCCCUAUAUUACUCGUAGUGGUGAUAAAUAUUGUGCAGUGAGAAUGGUUGAAAUGAAAGUGUUAAACAAGUAUUUGAGUUUUCUACAUCAAGAUAUUUAUAACUGCACCUGUAUUCGCAGUUAUUAUAUUACUGAAGUCGAAUGUAGAUUAUUAAAUGAGAUCAAUAUGAAACACUGUGAUUAUCAGUUUGGAAGAGAACAAUUUACUUUACGGGAUUUAAUUGUGAGAUUAAGUGAUGCUGUUGAGUUUUACAAUUUCUUAGAUGCUUGUUAUUCCAAGCUGUUAAAUGGGAGCACUAAUCCUUUAGAUCGUUGUGGCUUUAUACGUAUAAAUAAGGAAUCUGUGGUACCAUACACAAUUUACAAUAAUCAAAAAUACGUCCCUUUAUUUUAUUUUGAAGGAGAAACGGAAAAUCUCAAACUAAAGGCUGACAAACUUGAGGGGUGGGAUUUAUCAUAUCUAAAGUUUUGUUGUAAGGUACAAGGUAUCCGAAAUGAACUCUUUGCGCAUGAUUCUUGUGCAGUUAUUAGCUUAAAUGACAUUAAAAAUUAUUUUCCUCCGGGUACAUUAUUUGAAGACUAUUGGCCAAGUAAAGUGGUUGAUUCUCAGUUACUAAUUAACGGUAAAACGCAAACUCAAAUGGGACAAUGGACAAGGCAACCAGCAGCUCCACCUGCAUCUCUCUCUAGGCCUUCACCAUCACCAAAACCAGCCACACAGGCUAAAGCAGCAAACAACAGUCAGUUACAGAAUGUUCAGGCAAUGUAUUCUAAUUAUGGUUUAACUGGAGGACAACCGGCAUAUCCAACACCACAACCCAGGACUGCUACUUCAGCUGUAAGAACUACCUAUCCAGCAGCGGCAUCGAGACAACCACGUCCAUCCUAUUAUACUAACAUGGCCCAGGCUCCACCACCUCCUCUUAUUAGAGCUAGUCAGUCAUUUCAGUCAUAUGGGAAGGAAGAUUGGGCAACGACAGCGUACAGCAACACUCAAACUACAGUUGCUAAUUAUAUGAUGUUGGGUGAUCCCGUGUUGUCUCAGUCUGGCUAUCGACAGUCCAAUCCACAGAUGCCAAAAUUCCACCCUCCUCCGUUAAUUCCUGUACGUCAUUUAAACGGUGGCAUGCGUUAUGAUACCCCUAACCACUAUGGAGGUACUGAUGUAGUCGAUCUAAGCUCCGCAAAUAGUACCACCGGUCAUCCGAUAAUUAACCAACAACCCGCACAUCAGCAACCACCAAGGGGUCAGCCGGCGACGCAAGAUGACUGUACUGGUAUGACGAACGGUCGCAUGCCUGUAAACAAUAUGCACAGGAAGUUGAUAGCAAUACCGGAAACACCAAUUAUUAGUGGCAAUCACAUUCCAUAUAAACUUCAAAAGGCGUUAAUCGAAAACCGCAUGGUCCCCUGUUUCAACAUGAAACCAUAUUCAUACUCCGAUCUUUUGGUGACUAUUCCAGAUCUCAUUGAACAGUUGUUUAACAGCGUUCCUGUACAGUCAUGUCAACAAGUCAUGCAGGUUUUGGGGAUCGAAGUCUAUAAAGGCAACAGUGCUCAAAUGCGGCUCUUGUUGGAAAACGGGAAGUGUAGAAGUAUAGAUGAAGUAAUACCUUUAGUACAAGUGCGACAUGUGUUAGAGUACAUGCCACAAUUGAAGUAUAUGCUCGGUGGUCUGGUUAAUUCGGAACUUGCUGCGAAGAGACAGCGCACUAGCUAGGAGUGGCUAAAUAUGUGGGACUAUUAUAGUUUGUUCCACAGUUACACUUAGUGUGGACUUUUUAUUAUGUCUGGAAUUCAGGCACAGUGUUUCCGGAAGUUACAAGAAAGAAAGAAAAAAAAAAUUGAGAGAAACAACUAAACAGUUUAAAGAUGUUCCUAUGUGCCACAUGCUUUUUUCCAAUACAAAACUGACGUUAUUUAUAGUAUUAGUUAAAGAAGGAAAGAGGUAUGGACAUUGAAAAAAGUGGCAUUUGUGUUAAAAGUGAAUAGACACUUGUGUAAUAUAGUUUAAUCUUUUUAUAAGUUGAAUUUUGUGUAAAUAUGAAAUCGUAGUUUGUGUGAAUUUCAUAAUUUACUACUUACAUAGAUCUGAAAUAGUGGCAGAUUUAAAUAAAAUCUUUAUUAAUUCGACACAACACAUGAUACAGUUACCUUAAACAAGGGAAAUAUAUUGUUAACUAUUUCUUUCUAUUUACAAUAUGUCAUAUAAGUAAUUAACACUUCGUUGCGUUUACUAUCUUAUUUUGAUUCGAUACUUUUUGUUCUGCCUACUAUUUCAUUUGGAAAAAUAGUUUUCCACUGUUAUAUAAAUAUUUAUUUGAAAUUGAAAAGAUUACUGUAUAUUUAUGUUAGAACUGCAGGAUUGGAAAAAGAAUUUAUUAUUGACCACAAAAUUGCAAAAUAUAGGCUCAUUCAAACGUUUUAUAAGUAUAUGCUAUAUAUAUUUAUAUAUAUAUGUAAGCAUACAAUUCUGUUUUCUGUAAAUCAUUUUUAAACACGUUUGUAUUUUAAUUAACUUCUUACAUACAUAAUUGCAGUAAUACGGAUUUUUAAACAACCUAUGAAUGGUGUUAUGUAUUAAUAUUUAUGGUGGUGCUCUUGACUGUGUUGUAUAAAUUUUUUCUGAUUGAUUACCUUCAGACGAAGUAAAAUACGAUUUUUGUUAAUUUUGUUUCUUAAAUAAAUUUGCCAUCAUAAGUAUAUCGUUAUUAAAGUGGUUAAGUAUUAUCGCUGGCAUAUUUAAGUUUUUUAAAGAGUUGAACGAACAAAUAGUCAAUAUUCAUAGCAUUGGAAACCUUUGGAUGAGUUUAUGUUUUAUCUAUUUUAUUUUCUUCUGUGAUGUUUAAUUUACAAUCAGUAUUGAUGAGAGUUAUACUACACUGUGUUGUUCAAAGGUAAUUCUUAAUCAACAUUAAUAAUUCUGUCACAGUUGCCCAUCAAUGUCUGACUUGUGUUAGUAUUGUACCAUUUUUUUAAUCAACUGUACUAUUUGACAACCAUCAAAACUUUUAAUAGCUCUCUCGAAAAUUACUAAAGAUCAUUUUAGCUAGAAGUGACACGUUCUCGACACCAGUGCUUAUCCAAAAAUAAAAUAGAAAAUGAACUGCCUUCCAUAUUUGAAAAGAGUUUUUAAUCCAAAACCAAAAUACACUGUGAUAGCAAUAUUUUUAGGUGAUUUCAUUAAAAUUAAUUGAUUGUCGACUCUCGAUAAAUGAUCUAUAGUAAGAAUAUCGAAAAAAAAAAACUUUUGUUAGCAAUA